UUUUAUUACGUGUUUAGUGUUUAACUUCACUGCGUCUGGGGAUGCAAAUAUAUGUUUACUGUGGUUGGUAUUUGAUGUCAACUUCAUUGUGAAAUACUGGAAGGCUAGACUCGCUUUUAGAUACAUAUUCUACAAUACCUGCUCUCUGGUAGUUUUAAAAAAAGGAACCGAGGUGUAGCUUACAUUAUGAAUUAGUUUUGUAUAUUAGAGAUAAAUAGUAGUACAAAUAAAAUCACUCGCAUAUAUCUCGGGUAGUUAACAUCAGAAUGUCGAACAAACUAAAAUUGACAUAUUUUGAUAUCAAGGGUCGAGGGGAACCUAUCCGUAUCGCCUUCGCUUAUGGUGACGUGCCUUAUGAAGACAAGCGGGUUUCAUACAAAGACUGGCCUAGCAUCAAAUCAACCACACCCCUCGGAAAAGUACCAUUUCUUGAGGUGGACGGUACAGUAUACACCCAGGGAUUUGCUAUUCUGAGAUAUGCCGGCAAGAAAGCCAACUUAUAUCCCAGUGAUGAACUCCUGGCUCUGCGUGUAGACGAGGUAUUGCAGGUCAUCGAUGAAUCAUAUUACUUGAAAAUUAUCGAAAGCUUCGCUAUUCAGGACGCCGAGGAGAAAAAGGCAUUCCGUUUGAAGCUGGUAACGGAAGUUUUCCCACCUGUUUCAGCAAAGCUGGAUGAGUACUGCGAUGGCGGUUACUUUGGUCACAGCAUCACCAUCGCGGACAUUGCCAUGCGUGAGAUUAUAGGUUGGUUUAAGGACGACAUGCUCGAAGAUAUCCCAGUCGACUUCUUCGACACUUACCCCAAUUUGACCCAGAUGUAUAAGAAUGUGACAGAAGAUCCUAAGCUCAAGAGUUACUUCGAAAAGAUAAAUUAACUGGACUAUGGAAUGGUGAGAAUAAUCACCUAUUUGAGCGCCUUGUCGUCAACACGUGAACGCCCUGUGGAGUCGUGUGAUAUUUUUCAACUUUCGUAAGUAAAGAAUUGUUAAUAGCUUAUUCUGCAAAGAAAGGUUUUUAUUUAUUUAUUGCAAUCAUUGCGUAUGAAUGGUAAAUAAUUUGGUCUCCUGGCAUUAUAAGAAUACAUAUAUGUAGUUUGGGAUGUAGUGACAAGUUGCUAAUGAAACUUUUUACAAAGCACGAGACAAUGUCGAUCCCCAGCCAACCGAAGUAUACCAAGGGGAAGCUAAUAUCCAAGAUACUAGGCAAUAAUACACAAGUUUAAGUAGUCCUUCAUACGGCAUGCGGCAGAAAAUGAAAUGCGACUGCUUUUUUAAAAAGAAACAACAAGAUGAGACCGGUGAGGUGCUGGAACAACAGGAUGCAAACAUCGAUGCCGGGGCUAGAGAGGAAGAAGCGCAAUCGACGUAAAGUCUUUGUUUUCGCAGAAAUGAAUUUUAAUAUUCAUACAAUAGAAACGAUCCAGGGACCCAAUUGUUGAAAAAUCGAAUAAACAAUUUAGUUGUUUUCAGGC